AUGGCUUCUCUUACCUUCCUUCAACCUCUCUCCAAUCUCUCUUCCCCUACCACCCUCGUCUCUCUCAAAAAUCCCCACCAUAUCCCUUUUUUUACUUCUCUAAAUCCCUCCUUUAUCCCCAAAACCCGCCCAUUCAAAUCUUUCACAGCCUCAUUCUCUCUUGCAGAAUCAAACUCCCCCAAAUCCUUACAGCCCAAUCUUCAGCCUUUCCUCCAAGAACUUGCUGAUAGUUUCGAUCUUCCACAAGACUACUUUGCGCAGCUUCCGAGCGAUCUCCGUCUCGAUCUGAACGAUGCAGCUUUUGAUCUUUCAAAUGGACGGGUCAUUGAUGAGUGUGGUCGAGAGUUGGGAGAGACAUUGUUAAAUCUCUCUCGUGCAUGGGAAGCAGCUGACACAUCAACUUCCCAUGCCUUAGCUAGACAGCUCCCUGGGUUGGAGGAAUCUUUGACAGGCAAUGCCAAAUCAGCAUUUGGGAAGCGUUUGGUUUCUGCUGGAAGAAGGUUCCAGUCUAUGGGACAGUAUGGUCAAGGUGAACUACAAAAGAUUGCAAAAGUAAUGAUUACAACUGGAAGGGUUCUAUCUGAAAGUUCAACAUCCACGGUCACUGAUGAACAACCAAAGAAGGAAAGCAGGAUGCUGAAGUUUGGAGAACUUCAGCUCGAGCUUACAUCAGAUAAAGCCAUCAUUGGGGCUAUAAUCAGCGUUGGUUUUGGAAUUCUUUCAUGGGAGCUAGCUCAGGGCAUCCAAAACAUCCCAGAGAGUUCGUUGCAGUACGCAAAUGAAAACGCUUUGAUGCUGGCUAAGUCUUUGAGAGGAGCUCUACUUGCAGUCUGCUAUUCAUCAGCAUUCUUGUCUGCUCUUACUAGUGUUGGACUUGUCUUACUUGGAAGACAACUAAAGUCAUCAAAAGAAAAGUGA